AUGCAGGACACAACAGAAUCCAGCACAUCGAAACUUGGCACAAAAAAAUACUGGGACGAACUAUAUGCCUUGGAGCUGGAGAAUUUUAGGCGAAAUCCGCAGGAUACCGGAGACUGUUGGUUUAGCGAUAGCGAUGCGGAACAAAAGAUGAUUGAUUUCCUGGUAGACAACAUCGGUGCGUACAGAAUUACAGAGGAUGCAUCUGUUGUGGACAUUGGAACAGGUAACGGACACUUGUUGUUUGAACUGCACGAAACGGAAUUCCAGGGCAAAUUGGUUGGGAUAGACUAUUCUGAGGAAAGUGUUAAGCUCGCCACUAACAUAGCAGAGGCUACCGGCGUGGAAAAAUUCAUCAGUUUCCAGCAAGCAGACAUCUUUAGUGAGGACUGGAACCCGGAAAGAUAUGACAUUGUGCUGGAUAAGGGAACGUUGGAUGCAAUUUCAUUAAGCGGAGUUAAGAUCAAUGGCGGGCUUGACGUAGUUGAUGUAUACGCCGGAGUGGUGGAGAAAACUUUGAAGAAAGACGGUGUUUUCUUGAUCACUUCUUGUAAUUUUACACAAGGUGAGCUAAUAAAGAUCAUAGAGACGGAUAAUUUAAAAAUGUGGAAAACAAUAAAAUACCCAGUUUUCCAGUUCGGCGGUGUCCAAGGAGCUACCAUAUGUAGUGUAGCAUUUGUUAAACAAAACUGA